UACGAGUAUGUGGUAGCAUUCGCAAUGGAGAUUGUGUACGACAAGUCCGUAAUAGUGAUUCCGAAGCACUUAACUUUAGAUUUCUUUGAGGAGGUGUUGGAAAAUGCGCUUCAACAAAGCAAUUGCCAAAUAGAAAAAGUUGAUGUGAAUAUGGGAAGCAAAACUGGGGACAACUACUGUAGUUUCAUUUAUCGGGUCCAACUGAAGUACAAAGGUCGGUCCGAAGAGCAGCAGAAUCGGUCUUCGGUUAUGUCCGUCAUAAUUAAAAGUACGCCUCCUUGUUCCGCUACGGAUUUUUUGGAAGACAUGGAAGUAUUCCUCAAGGAGAAGAUUUUUUAUUAUCACAUUUUGCCACUGAUGGAAAAUUUAAUGGAGAAGAAAGUUCGGUUUGGAGCAAGGAUAUUCUACAGUAUGAAGAGCCCGGUGAAUACGUUUGUGUUUGAGGAUUUAAAUGCUCUUGGAUACAAACUUGCCUCGAGAGAAAGGGGAUUAGAUGAAAUCCACGCACUAAUGGUUUUAAAACGUCUAGCUCAAUUUCACAGUGUUUCGGUUUCGGUAAUGGAAAAGGAUCCUUCACUUUUGACAGGAUUCAAAAAUGGCAUCCUUGCAACUUCGGCGCUUAAAAAAAAGAACAGUAACUUCUAUGGUUUCGUUAAAAGUAGUUGUGAUGGCUUAAUCGACCUGGUCAAAUCAUGGGAUGGGUAUGAGGAAAUUGUCCGGAAGAUGAAGGAUUACUCAGCUAAUUUACUGGAACGUUUACUAACGAUGCAACAACCACUUGCCGGAGAAUUUGAAGUUCUGAACCAUGGUGAUCUAUGGGUGAACAACGUACUGUUUAGAUACGACGAAAAUUCGGUCCCGUCAGAUAUGGUAUUUCUAGAUUACCAAAUGAGCAUUUGGGGAAGUCCUGGAAUUGAUAUAAAUUAUUUUUUCUACACGAGUCUGUCGCCAGAAUUGUUAAAGUCAAGGAGGGAUUUCUUUAUUCGAUUUUAUUACAAUGAACUGAAGACAAACUUAUCGAAGCUUAAGUGGAACACCAUACCAUCCUACGAAGAGUUGCGAACACAAAUUACACGGCGUGAACCCUUCGGCUUCUUCGCCAACCAUGCAAUCUACCCGAUAAUUAGCAUUGGAGAGAAUCUAGCAGUAGACAGCACCUUCGAAAACUUCUCUAAUGCAGAGUUUGCAAGGAAAAAAUUCAAACAAAUAUUUUCUCAAGAAAAAUUAAAAAAUAUGUAUUCGUAUACUUUAUUGCAUUUCAACGAUAUGAAUGUAUUCGACUAAACUGAAUCUGUCUGAAUUAAAAUUCGAAUAAACUUUAAAUCAUUGGUGAUGGUGAACCGCAAA